GUGCAGGUAGCUGUCUGGAGACUCUAGAAAAAGGAAAACCACUAAUAGUAGUAACAAACGAAAAGCUGAUGAACAACCAUCAGCUUGAACUGGCAAAACAGCUCCACAGAGAUGGGCAUGUCCUCUGCUGUAAUUGCAGCACUCUUGUGGAGACACUGCAGUCGAUGGACUUGUCAACUUUGAAACCUUUUCCUCCUGGACAGCCAGAAAAGUUUGCUUUGUUCUUGGAUAAAGUUGUUGGGUUUCAAUAA